ACCCGAACAACGCGCUUUUUGACUCCAUCACCAGGCUUCCUCCUCCCUUUUCUUCACCCGAAUCGAAACCGCCCCAGCUCAUCAAAAUGGACCGCAUCAAGGAGAAAAUGAACCAGCUCCGCCUGGAGGCCGACGAGGCCACAUCUCAGGUCGAGGAACUCAAGGCCAAGGUCAAGGUGCUCGAGCAGGAGAACCUGUCCAAGGAGCAGGAAAUCACCUCGCUUCAGCACAAGAACAACCUGCUCGAGGGUGAGGUCGAGAAGCUCGAGAACGCCGUCAAGGACUUCAAGAAGGCCGCCGAUGAGGGCCAGCAGCACGGCACGCAGAACGAGACUCUCCAGCGAAGGCUGCAGCUCCUCGAGGAGGAGGCCGAGGAUGCCGACAAGACGCUCCGUGAGGCCAACGAGAAGCUCCGACAGACCGACGUCAAGGCUGGACACUUUGAGCGCAAGGUGCAAGCCCUCGAGAACGAGCGUGACCAGUGGGAGACCAAGUACGAGGAGAUGGCCAAGAAGCACGCUGCUCUCCAGAAGGACCUGGAGGACCUCCAGAACGAGAUUGGCAACAUCUAAGCGAUUCUCGAUCUCGAUACAUAGGUGCCGGAUGCAAGAUAUGGUUGUUAGCAUGUCCCGGGACAGCUGUGUCUGUGGCCUACCCGCCCGGCGGUUUGUCUUGGUUGUAUGGUUUUCAAAGUGUUGCCAGAUGAGCGAAUGGAGCAGCUGCCGCAUAUUACGUUUCUACUAGCUGAUUGAAGCUGGCUUUUCUCAAGGGUAUCUUUGUAAAUGCUUGUCCUCGUGGGGUCCUCCGGUUGCUCCCCUUUCCUCGGCCAGAGACCCUAUUUAUUCCCUCCUUUUGCUCUUGAUCCUGUGCUUGAUGCCCGUCAACUCUCUAUCGAAUUUGGACUCAUAGCGAAACUUCUUCUUUUUCUUCUUUGGCUUCUCUUGUCGUGACUUUGCCGCUUUGCUGUCGGUUGUGUCCUUGGCCUCUUCCUUGUUGUCGUCCUCGUCCUCGCUUUCGUCGACCUGUGGCUUAUGCAGCCCAUCUCUUGUCACCGAUACAGACUCGACGGUAACCGUCGUGUAACGAUCCUCGUCAAUGUACUCUUCCUCGUGGUCCACAAUGUCGAGGUUGGGUUGAUCAGGGAAGCCGUCCCACUCGUCAGAGGCGUCGUCCGACCCCUGCUCAAUCGCUCCGGCGGCUUCUGACUCUCGUAGCAUUCGGUUCACAGUUUCCACGUGCUGUUCGACCUCGCGGCGGCGUUCCUCUCGGAUCUGCUUCCGCAUCUCAAUCUUUUCCUCGCGAGCCCUCUUGGCAGCCUCCUCCUGAGCAUUCUUGAUCCGCUGCUGCUUUCGCUUGUGGAAUCCCGUCAGGUAUUCAUGGCGCGCAUCAUUGUCGAAACUGACUUCUUCGACGGCGGAUGUCGAUUUUCGCUUCUUCGACGGGGGCGGUAGAAGACUCUUCUUGGGUCUUGGCUUGGCGAACAUGGUUGAAUCAGCUCUUUCGACAAUCCCUGAAGCUGUCGAGUCAACAAGAGCAAUAUCGAAUGGAUUGUUUGGUUG